AUGCUGUUUCUAACAACAUUAAUUUUUCCAUUGUUAAUUCAUUUGGGUGCAUCGUGCGGUUCAGAUGAAGGCUUAAUGAAACAAAAAAAUUUUUAUCGUGAUCAAUGUAAAUGUAGAGAAUAUGUAGGUUCGUACGCGAUAUGUUACAAUUUCCGCUGCCAAAAUUUUCCGAAAUACUUUCAAACAUCGGUUAAAUGCUUUAAAAUAAGCGGAUCCGGAAUUAGGGAUUUCUUACCAGGAGAUUUUGAAAAUUUAGCACACAUAACCAAAUUACACAUUGAAAAUAACAUAGCGUUAAAAACGAUUCAACCUGGAACUUUUAAAAAAUUAUAUAAACUAGCAACUUUAUCGAUUUCUUUUAACCCACAAUUAAUGAGUUUGAAUGAAGAUGUUUUUAGAGGGCUAUAUAGUUUAGUAUCGUUACAAUUAUCUAACAAUGGAUUUAAUGAAAUCAAAGAUUUUUCAACGGCUUUAAAAGCUUCGUUUAUGCCGAUGUUAACGACGAUUAUUUUAACGGAACUACACUGCCCAAGAGUUGAAGAAGAUGAUUUCGCUUAUUUAUCCGGAAGCAAAGUGAGAAAUAUUUUUUUUGAUGGUUCCCAAAUUAAUUAUAUACACCCGGAUGCGUUUAUUAAUUUAAAAGGUUUAAGGAAUUUAAGUGUUAGCGAUACUUUGGUGGAGGAACCAAACGUGAUUGAGAUUUUACAAAAAAUUAAGAAAAAUAAGAUACCGUUGAUGUCGUUAAAAUUAAAAUUGUGGGGUAAUAAAACACGAGUACCUCAUCAACUUUUCAAUGUAAUAGGAAAUACGACGAUAACCGAGCUAAUUUUAAACGAGAAUCAAUUUGAUAUAAUCGAGCAGGAUACAAAAUAA